AGGCGGUACUGCAGGCCGAGCUGCGGUUGCCAUGGAGCGGCGUCGGCGGCUAACGUGCUGCUAGCUGCUAACCUGCUGUUAGCUGCUGACAAACUGCUAGCCUCCAGGCUCGGACGGACAGGAGAACCGAAGCGGCUCCGUUUCCAGGACUCUGCUGUUUGAUUGUGGAUUUAAACUCUUUGUUAAACUUCGGUUGUUUUUCUGUUUAAAGGCUGAACAGUGCCGUUAGCUGCUGACGGCUAACAGCGGCUAACUCAGCUAAAGUAGUAGCUGCUAGCAGCCGAAGCUGACAUUAGCCGAAGACUCGGAACCAGGAGCUACGGAGUGCAACCGAACUACACCAGAACCGUGUUUCAGGAGUUCUGACCCAGACACCAUGGAUCCUGGACCCGAUCCCAACGAAGACCGGAACCAGUCAGUCCAGAGCAGAAAGAAAGAGUCCAGAGCUUCCUCUGGACAGAAACACCACAAGAACCUUCAGGAGAACAUCCACAGUGACGAUGACAAAGAAACCAGAUCCAGAACCAGAACCUGGCGCUCCGACCCGGACCGGGUGUCAGACGGUUCCUUUUAUUCUGAGGAUUACGAGAACGAAUCUCCUUCAGAACGUUCCUUCUCUCCGUACUCUCGGUCCAGAACCCCGUCCCCAAGUCCUCACAGAACCCUGAGAACCAAGAGGGUCUCCAGCAGCACGCUGUACCGCACAGGUGUGGCAGGGCGUCACGGCAGGCUCCGCCCCCAGCGACCGGCACAGCCAAUGACCCAGCAGCAGCGUCGAGGGCAGCAGUCUCAGAGUAAAGAGUCUUCUCCCCCCAAAGAUCUGGACCUGGUGACCAAACGGAUGCUGUCGGCUCGACUCCUGAAGAUCAACGAGCUGAGGAACGCUUUGGCUGAACUCCAGCAGAGAACCGACGACCUGCAGAAGGAGAACCGGGUCCUCAGACAGCUUCAGGUGCGUCAAGAAAAAGCUCUGCAGCGAUACGAUGACACCGAGAGCGAGAUCUCCCAGCUGCUGACCCGUCACUCCAACGAGACGCAGGUUCUGAGAGAACGACUGCGACGGACGCAGGAACGAGAGCGACUGGCCGAGCGGCGGCUGAAGGACAGCGAGGAGCAGCUGCAGAGGAACCAGGUGACCAUCAGACGGCUGAAGAAGCUGGUGGACCAGAGAGAGCUGAGGAGCAGAGAGGAGCUGACCAGGAGCCUGGAGGACGAGAAGGUCCGAGUCCAGGAGGCACAACGAAGGAUCCGGGAGUUGGAGCGUGGUGUGGAGCUGAGCAGCAGCAGCUUCCACAGGCAGCUGGUAGCAGAGAAGAAGAAGAACCUGAACCUUCAGGAGGAGAUCAGGAGUCUGCAGGAGGAACUCCAGAAACUCAGCAGGAAACUGAAGGAGAAGGAGAAGGAGAUGGACACCAUGAACAUCUACGCCAACAGGAUGAUGAAACCCUCAGCGAGUAAAGAAGCCGACAGCAACUCAAAGAGGAGAAGUACUGAAGGUUCUGAAGGUUCUGAAGGUUCUGAUUUCUUUCCACCACUAGAUGUUUUAAUCAAUUGUUCCGUAGGUUCCAGCAGUAAGGCGGUCCAGACUGAGGACCGGGUCUCCAGCGCCGGGUUCCCUUCACCUCCUCCAGAUGUUACCAGAGAACAGACACCUGACGGGUACCUGACGCUGAAGGUGAGAACCUCGGAACCCUCAUCUUCAUCUUCUGAUCACAUCAAACACACCUGCCUCCAUCUGCAGGAGCUGGACCUCCAGAACACAUCUGCAGAACCACAACACACAACGCAGAACUGUAGAGAACCCAACAGGAACCAGAACCAGCAGCAGAACCAGAACCAUCAGAACGGAGACCAGAUGAGGACGGUCUUUGAGGGUAGAGACUCAGACCGGCUGGACUUCCUGCUGACCCAGAAGGACCAGGACUCCUCCAGGAGGCGGGGCCACGUCCAGGUAGAGGUGGACAGGUGGAACCAGGAGGUUCUGGCCAAUCAGCAGGUGGCAGAGGAGGCGAGGCGUCGGAAGGAGCAGCUGUUGGCCAAGAUGAGGGAGAUAGACGACCAGAACCGUGGAGCCGAGAACCUCAUGUUUGAGUCCAGCCGAGCUGCUGAGGAACAUCUAAAGGAGCAUCGGAGUCCUCGACCUCCUGAGAAUAACCGUCAGAUCUUCAGCCUGACAGACCCUGAGGACUCGGUCGGGCUGAGAACCAAGAGGAGAACGUCCAGACCUCAGAGCUCCAGUGAAGAUCUGGCCUUUGGAGGCUACGCUCCUUCAUUUGGACUCUCGGCGUCCAGAAGUUCCUCCAGCUUCCCUCCACCUCCCAGAGAGGACAGAGAUUCUCCAGCAGGGUUCCUCCUCAGGGAAGAAGAACCUGAUGGAGCGGUUGUGAAGGACAAGAAGUCGAGCCUGAUGCAGCAGCUGUUUGGCCUCCAGACAUCUGACAGCAGAACCGACGUAGUCCUCAGCCCUCCAUCCAACGGACCCCGGUCCAGAAGAGAAGCUUCGUCCGUCCUGCAGGUGAGCCAACCUGCCGUCAGAGCCGUGGCCUCCUUUGACGAAGACCUGGAGGAGCUGACGCUGUAGAGAACCUGGAACCCACCAGCAGCAGACCAGGAGAACCAGACUGAACCCCAGCAGCAGCAAACGUGUCUUCAGGUUCUUCAGGAGCUUUCAGGAUCUUCGGGAGAAGCUGUUCUUCUGAGAUGUUUCACCCAUAAAUGACAUUUUCUCUCUGUUCCGUUGUGGUUCUACGUUUUUAUUUAGAUGAACUUAUUUUAAAUGUUCUCACUGAGAAUCACUAAAGAGACAAUCACCUUCAGUGGUAGAACUUCACAGAACGUGUUCUCCUGCAGGUUCCAGACUGAAGCUGUGAGGAGAUGAAUGAUGAACUUUGUUCCGUUUCUGGAGAACCUGUUUCUGCUGCUGGCCUCGUUGAGUUCCUGAAUAAAACCAGCUGCAGUUUCCUGCUUCCUCCACACAGUGGUGCUGUUCUGCUGCUCUCGUAGCUGAUGGAUUCCUGAACGUCUCCAAGGCGACCAGCCUGACGUCCCGCCCCCCCCCCCCCUCAGGAUGCUCCUCAUAAACAAGAGAACCGGAGCAGUGGAACGGCGGAACGGCAGACGGAACUCUGAGAGGCUGCAAGACGCUGCUGGAUCCUCAGCAGCUAGAACUCACCUGAAUCCGGUUCUCAGCUAGAACUCACCUGAAUCCGGUUCUCAGCUAGAACUCACCUGAAUCCGGUUCUCAGCUAGAACUCACCUGAAUCCGGUUCUCAGCUAGAACUCACCUGAAUCCGGUUCUCAGCUAGAACUCACCUGAAUCCGGUUCUCAGGUAAACUCUUAUCUAAAGAACCUCCUGCUGGGUUCAGGCAGAAACUAGAAGUUCCUCAUAAAUAUUUAAGGGUUAGGGUUAUUGUCGUUAUUGUUUAUUGUUGUUGGUCGUUAUUGUUUAUUAUUGUUGGUCGUUAUUGUUUAUUGUUGUUGGUCGUUAUUGUUUAUUGUUGUUUGUUAUUUUUAUUGGUGUGUUUACUAUUAUUGUUAUUGUUUAUGAUUAUUGUUGGUUGUUAUUUUUAUUGGUGUUGUUUACUAUUAUUGUUAUUGUUUAUUAUUGUUGUAUUUUGUCCAGGAAUCAGGUUUUAUUUCUGUUUCAUCCAUUGAUCAGUAAAAGCUGCUGAUUUAUUGAUUAUUUCUGGUUUUAACUGAAGCUGAACCAAAGAAUCAAUAAAGUUCAGAAACAUUUUA